GAAGAAUUCAUGCGCAAGUACAUGUGGCUGAAUUCAUGUCUUCCCUCGGCAUCUGCCUUGAUUCAGGUGGCUUCUCCCCACUUUAACCUUGAGCAAGUUGAGAACCAUGCUGCUCACUACCUGCGAACACUCCGAGAGUGGGGAAGGCGGCUAGAGAAGAAUUUGACUCAGGAGAUGGUUGUGAAGGAUUAUCCUGGAUUGAACGAUAAGCAGUCGUAUGAAUCGUUCAAGCGGAAGUGGAUGUACCUGUUUGCCUAUGCUGGAGCAGGCUUCACUAAGGGCUACAUUACAUGCCAUAUGCUGAUGUUCAUUCGAGAGAAUGAUGCGCCUGAGAUGUGCAACUGAGCACAAUUCUGCAUUCCUCAAGAACUAGUUUUCUUCGGACUUGUGGAGCACUGGGAUAUUGUUAUUCUCGGGUAUUUAUUACAAAAUUUAGAAGAAUAAUGCAACAGUCUAUUGUGUAAAAUACUCUAAUGGUAUCGAGAUGCUAAUAAUGUUAUCAAUAAUCUGCUCAAACCUCCUCCAGA